GAGUAUGAUAACAUUAUAAUUCAAGAUGGCAGUCGAAAUUGGAAUAACGUAAAUCCACUGGUGGAAAAAGCCAAAAAUCUCGGCUGUGAAGCGGGAUCGCUUAAUUUGGAUUGUAGUUUGAAUGAUUAUGGAGUGUAUGAGAAUCGGUCCGGAGAAAGUGGAUGCCAUGGUCGACUACGCGUUCGGCCACAACCUAUCGCUCAACGAACACGCCCUCCCAGUCAACGGCCAAUCAGAAUCGAGCGCUGAGGCGGUGAACAUCGUACCGCGGACGGAAACGCUGGGAGGGUCAAGUGCGUAUGCAGAGGAGUACGAGGAUGAGUUGAACGGGCAGGCCAAAGGUGGCGUGACGGACAAUUUGCAUGAUUUAAAUGACAACAUGGAGGAACCAGAUAUGACACCUACUACAGAGAAUUCAAGAUCACCUGUGAAGACACCUAUUGAGCAAACCAGCAACUACCCACGCCUGCCCUCGUCACUUGAAGCAUCGACUGGCUCGGGAUAUUUUUACGAUGAUGAUUUUUCUACGCAACUCGGCGGCGACUACGCCGCAAUCGACAUGGAUACGUUCGAAAACGAGGACAUUUCUAGUUUCUUUGCCGUGUACAAUAAUCAGGCGCCAGAAAAUAAAAUGAUGUUGGUGCGCACGCGUUCGGACAGCGCCCUCUAUAACUACGACUUGGAACUAUCGAUGAGCGAGCGUACGAGUUCUCGCGGACAAUCAUCGAGCGGGUACGACUGUGCGAGUUCCGCAGAGCUGUCGUUCCGUUCCGAUCAGGUCUACUCACCGGGUAUGACGCACUCCUCGCUACAAAGCGGGCCUCUGUUUUCAUCCUCACAAGAUGGCGUCGUGCCACAGAAUUUAUACUCAACGGACAGCUUGGAUCGUACUGAUUUAGAUUGUUCCAUCGCGACGGAGGACGAUUUUAACCUUAAAGCGUGCUACGCGAAUAAGAAAAACUACUUCUUAGCAUUCGAUCGUAGUCCGACGAAAUAUUCUGACGACGAGCAGGAGUACCAUGACGCGUGGUUGAGCGACGCAACGGAAAGUCUUGAAGGUGUUCAAAACGCGGAAGAGGAAGAACACACGGAUUCGGAGUACAUGUGCUCGGAAAUGGAUCACUCGGCCGGCGAGAUGGUCUGUCUCGAUGACUAUUACUCGAACGAGCAUGAACCGCUAUUGGCGGAGCACAUGCUGCUGAGCGCCGAACACGAGAAUAUUCUGCCAGAGGGCGCCGCCGGGGCUGCCGCGGAGGUGAAUUGGAUCGGAAGUGUGGAGGAGAUAUCGGUGGAGUUUCAUUCUGACGAUACGCAAGUGGUUCCGGAGGACUGUGGAUACCGAAGCGCGUCGGAUCAGGACGACAGUGCCAUCAAUGUGCAAGAUGUACCAGACAUUCAGGAUGAUAGUGUCGUACUUCAGGACACUUUAGACGCAAGCGCCGACAACACCAUGGAUGACUAUGACUCGCAACUACUGGAUGAAAUCGAGCAGGAGUUGCAGAUUUCCGCGGAUGUUUCGGAGUCGUUUGCGUAUGAUAAUCUCACGUUUGAGGAGGACGCAAGUCUUCAUGCGUCUGUUGAAAAUGUAGGUGGCGCUAGUGGUGCGACGGGUACGGGACUGGAGCUCUGGCACACAGUUAAUCUAAAGAAGAUGGCGGCUUCGGAUAGCGCACGAUUGAUUUCACCGGAUUAUGAGAUGAUGUACAGUUAUCCGGAGGGCUUGUCGGAAGUUCUCGCUGGGAGGAUGAACGGAGGACGACUGUUGAAAAGAUGGCGGAACAUCCAACAGAAUUUACACGAUUUGUCGUCGAGUGAGCCAAUCACGAUGACAGAUCCGACUGAUAGCAUCGAGCCGCGCGCCGCUCUCACACCACUUGGGACAUUUACGCUCAAAGGUGGCGCCGCUAAUGACGUCAGUAAGCCCAUGACGUGCUGGGGUCAGAAGUUUAGCGGGGCGUUGGACGUGCCCGAGCGGAAAGAGAAGGAGUUCCACAGUAGCGACUCGACGUUGGAAAACAUCUCGUGGACGAGUCGGGAAAAUUCCGGCUCGGAAUUGGAGACGCCGUCUGUUUCGUCGGCGCCGAAAAGUCUCACCACGUGGCAACAGGUGAAGAAGGCUCGCACGCCUCAUACGUCCUGGAAGGAAAUCAUGGAACUGAAGCAGUUUUUACGCGACGAGGAGUUACUGGCGUCGAGUUCAAGCAAGUGCAAAAGCGCGCCGAAUCUUGCGCAGGAGUGUGACUCGGCGUCGGAGGGCGACGACCUGCCGUCGAUUUGCUAUCGACAAAAACGCGAGAAACAAGAAGACGCCGAAAACAAAAGACACUCGUUUACGUUGUUUGAGAUUUUCCGCCGAUCGAAAUCGGAGGAUCAGGAAUACGGGAAAUUACCGUCGCCGAUUUAUCAGAAGUUGUACGGGUCUCUCAUGGCCAAUGAUGGAUAUUUCCUGAAUCAUUUAGGCGACUCGCAGUCCUUUAAUUCGGAGCAGCGAUCUGUAGGGAUUAAUAGGUCAUAUGGUUGGUCUACGGAAAAUGACAUGGAUGGUACUCUUCAGCAUAGUCAGUCUUCAUCGAUUAAUAAAAUUAAUAGCUGCACGGCGACGCCUGGUGGCAGUGAUAACAGCUGCGGUUCAAGUCCGUCAUCGGAUGCCAACCUCGUCCCCCCACCUUACGGGCAUCAUGCUAUCGACGGGUUGCAUCAAGGGACUAUAUUGGACGGUGAAACUUUACAAGCACACAACGCACGUACCAGCGGUUUGAUGCAACGCGUCUCGUUACUACCCAUAAUUCAGGCCAAUUUUAACCGCAGUGACGCCGCGACGCAACCGACGGAGAGCGUCCUUACGACGUUCGCAAACCAGGGUACUAAGGCGGCGAGUUUGAAACGAGACCUCACAGCAAUGCAGCGUGACGAACAACCGAGUAUAAACAAUGCGUAUAAACAUCGUCUGCUUGAUCAAAACCUUGUCGAAAGUGGUGGGAAAUUCAUUGACAGUAUUACGAGUUUUUCCGGUGAUACGAUAUCAAAACCUGUAUAUACGACCUCGUCCCCGAAUGUUUUCUGCCGCGCGGUGCAAACCUCGAUUUCGCUGACUCAGGCGGGGAAGGUGCAACAGGAAUGCCAGACGUCGUUUGAUAAGACGCUGUGCGACGAACAGUUCUUGUCAGUCGAGAGGCCAAGCCCUGGCCAGCACAUACCGAUACCAAAGGUUGGCAACUCGCCAACAUCGCAAGGACAGUCGGUGCAGAACAGCCAGGGCAGUCAGACGCCGAGACGUCACUCCAAGAGCACAGAGCGUCUUGGCUGCACUGACGACAUAUUCUCGGAUGACGCCCGUCCGUCGAAAGAUAAGCUGAGUCGAAGUUUGAUGUUUAUGAAUACCCGCCUGCCGGAUUUGAGUUUUCUGAAUCCGCGCGGAAUGUCGAAGAGUUCGGUGCAGGGGGAGCAGAAUCGUUUCCCGCAGCGGUCGCAGUCAUGUGACUAUUCACAGGGAAGACGGGAGGAAGUGAGACCGCGGUAUCUCGUCAAACCGAAGAAGAAAAUUGUCGUUAUUGAGGACGAGCGUGCAAGCUCGGCAUCGCUGACGGACGCGGAGGCCUUGGCGACGGCAAUGCAACAGGAGAAACCGGUCGCGGGCGCGGCGCGGAACCCGCCGGAGGUUUUGAUGAAUAAUGAACUGUUAGAUAACCGUAUAAGCGGGGAUUCUGUUGCCAAGGGAUCUGGUUUGGGGGGAAGGAAGAUCGAAAUCGUCAGGAACGGCAAAAAGGCAGGGAAACUCGGCAAUAAGAUGACGAAUUUGGAAAAAGAUAAUUUGGAAAAGGGAAAGCAUCACCAAGCGGUGCCUCGUUACUAUGGCAACAUGAGCUCGACGGCGUCGUCUAUGGAUAUCAGUUCCGACUCCCAGGCGAGCCACAAUAAUGGCGUGUUGGAUACCCCGAGGAUGUCGCGACGAGAUGCGCACGGGCAGGGAAAUCACCAUGCUAGGUGCUCUUCAAGGUCGCAUGACCAUCACGGUCACCAUAGCAACCAUUACAAUGUCCAUAGCAACCAGUUUGAGAGCCACCAUAGCAACCGCUCAGACACUCACCAUGGCAACAAUUGCUUUUAUCAAAAUCCUGGGUUUUGCCAGAAUUGCUUUAUGGUGCAACAGCAUGCUAUGCUGCAUCUUGGAAGUCCCUGCGGCAGGCAUCAUCAUAGUCCGCACCCUGACAACUGUUGCUAUAGCAACCACUCGAUGACGUCACCAGACGGCUAUGUUUAUUAUAGCGAUGAAGACCACCACUCCCGCCGGUCAAAUCGAGGGUAUAACACGCACCGAGCAGACCGCAUUAGACGCAGUUCAACUGAUACGGACAACUCGAGUCAAGAUUCAGACGCGCACUUGGCUUGUGACGAUGGCAACAGGCCUAGCAACCAGUCGCUGGAAAACCAGGCGUCCUGCAACGAAUCAGAAACAAGCAGUAGUGAUGGACGUCAGCUGAAGCCGAUUAUAAAACAACGAAAACGGCGCGCUGUCAGCGCCCCUGGUGGUACGAGUACGCACCGACAAGAUUCGAGUCUGGACAGGAGUAGUGAUACGACAACUGCGUCAGAAAAGAGCAGCGAGCGUGGUUCCGAUCGUGAGGCCUUGUCAGAUGAUGGUGCGCCGACGAUUUUCAGUGCCGAGAAUCAUACUGUUGCCCGUGGCAACGGGCAUCACCAAGGUCCCAGAAAGACGUCGGGGAGUGAGUCAGCUGAUAAUCGGAUUCAGGACGAAAGUUAUCGCCGUAAUUACAGCGUGAAUUUACGGAACGAGAGCCGCCUUCGUCAUUCGUAUUCUCAGUGCUGCCCUCUAUCCUAUCAACACUACCAAUGUUGUAUGCCGCCGAGUUGUUUCCAUGGUUAUGGUCACAUGAUGUGCUGUUGCCAUGGUAACAGUUUCUGUUGCGGCGGUUACAAUGCGAGAUUACGUCGAAGUAAGAAGUCGGUGAGCUUCUCGGAGGAGAUAAAGUAUCAUUCACCGUAUAGUAGUCCUCACUGCUCUCCCAAGAAGCAACAGAAGCCACCCCUCCAGGAGAAUGGUAGAGUCCAGAGGCCACCCCUCCUGCAGGAGAAUGGGAGAGUCCAGUGUGAUGAGAGGAAAGAGAGGAACAGGACUGAAAGAGUGAAAACAGGGGCCUUUUACCCAGAAACGCACGCCUCCGAGUCCAGCGUUGACAGUGCCAUCGGUUCCGAGUCCCCGCCCAGGGAAUUCCAAAUCUCCCCGACCCGACGGAAAAAAUUCGAUUACGACGAGACAAGGCAGAACGGAGAUUACGGUGCGAAGAAGAAUUUGGUGCUUGAAGUCGGAAGGGCUGUGGAGGUUGUCCAGAGUCAUUAUAGCCAGGCCAUGAAUAGUCAAGAGAGGGUGCACCUUGGCACGUCCUCAGACUGUCCGAAAGUCGGCUCCCUACUCCUGUCGCACGUGUGCCCGGCGCUCUACAAUCUCCUCGGCGAUGGCCUCAAACCUCGUACCCACAGCUUCAUCGGGCAAAUUAAGAACAACCUGUGGAAGGUCGUUGAGGAAUCAGCUGAGCAGUGCAUCGCUGUCUCAAAGGUUAUGAUUGAAAUAGUGAAGGAAGUGAAAUCACAGAUAUGUCUCGGGAGUCCGCUCUCCAAAUUCAAUGCCUUCAUCUUUGGACUGUUGAACGCCAAGGCGCUUGACCACUGGCUGACGAUCUUCCACACGCAGGAGAAGAUCCUGAAAAAACACUACAACAACGACGCCUUCGUGGUACUCGCCCUCGCCACCAGGGGGCAGUACCUUUUCGAGGACGUCGUCAAUCUGUGCAGGCCUCUUGCUUCCCUCCCCUUUCGUGUUGAAUGCAGUUUCGAAUUCAAAUUUCGUCAUCUUUCGCCGCGGAGGGAAGCUACAUUCGGGGCCGAGCCUUUUCGUAAAAAUUCCCGAUUACGUCGUCAGCGUUCACUUGACGAACUGGACGACAAAGAUGGCAAGUUUGAAAAAUGGAACGGCCGUCUCCAGCUGGUGCAGACGUCUAAUAGCACCUUAACCAGUAGUGAUACGAGUUCGCGCGACAUCACGUCCAGUGAAGAUUACGGCGGGAAAUGUCAGGAACCGGUUCUACCGGAGCUGUUCCAGAAAACGGACGUGAAACAGUAUAUACAGCAGGCGCGGGAAUGGAUUGAGAACGGCACGAAGAUAUCCGACUCGGCAAUGGAUUAUCUAGGUCAGCAUUUUCAUCGGGACUUUGGACAAUUUUCCCAACAUCCGGCGGAGAAUAAUCGUUGGUCGCUGCCGCCGAUCGAAACCGUGUUUUCAUUGGCUAAUUUCUUCUCCAAGUCUUCCCUGCAGAACGAGUCGCCGAGCAUUGAAGGAUUCGCGAUGUAUCUCGCGCGGAUUAGUGCCGAUGCCGACAACCAGGGGGAGAUGAAAGCGGUCGCUGGGAUGCCACCUGCGCGAGGAAGCGCGGAGAAGAUGUCACCUUGUGAGGAGAUCGUAGCCGAAUUAGAUGAAUCUGCGGAAGACGACUUGAUUAGUUUCGAGGACGACUCAAAGGGGACGCUGAAGGACAAGUCAGGUGACGUCGCUUCGUCAGGUUCUGACGUUGCAUCCCUAAGUUCCGAGGGGAUCAAAGUUGAGCAGCUAAUCAAAGAUAACGAGAUCGUUUCGCCGCGAUUAUUAGAAUUGGACGACGAAGUUGAAAAGAAGUACGUGAAUCCUGAUUGGCUGAUCAAAUUUAAGGGCGAGGAGGACAUCACUUAUAAAAGUACCGAAUAUGAGUUCGACGGGAAAUUGAGUUUGGCCAUCGGCGGCGAGGAUUCGAUGUGCGAGGACGGGAAGAUGUCGCAGGGUAGCAACGCAAGUUUCGAUCAACAUUUGCAGGAUAUGGGGAUCCGACGUGAUCAGCCAAUCCGACGUGAGAAUCACGGGGUCAAAAGGUUGUCGUGCCCGCUGCUAAGAUUCACGAACGAGUCUGGACGUGACGAACAGCAUCCGAAAAGAUGGAGUCUUGGUGCGAGCCUAAUCAACGUGUUCGAUAAACUUUUAUUAGACAGUCCGCAGAAAGUUUCGCCAGCGAGUUCCGGGACGUUUUGUACGCCGCCCGGCGGCCAUAUUUUGGACAGUCCGAACCUAAUGAACGAAGUGACGUCGUCAGAGAGCGAGAGCUUCCGAUCGGCGAUUUCGUGCGGUGAUUUUGGAUUCCCGACUGUUCCCGUUGCUCCGCUGAAGCCGAUAUCAGUGUCGCCGCCUAGCGGGAAGGUCCAGGUGGUGCCGAAAAGUGCCUCCGUCGCCGUUCGUCCCAAGGAGCUGCCGUUACGUCGAUCCACGAUGCUGAUGCCGAAAUCGAUGUCAAGUUCCAUGAGGUCCGAUGAUAGCCAGACCAAGGCACUCAAAAGGUACGUGAAAGCACUUUGUGGCCACAAAGCAACUGAUAGCGAGCAGCUCUCUUUCGAAAAAGGUGACGUCAUGAUGACUAUGAAGGAACUCGAUGACGAUUGGUACUUCUGUUGCCAUGGCAACAAAACCGGCGUGGUCAACCAAUCGUGCGUCAAGGAAAUCGACGAAUCGGAGGUGCUCCGUCGACUGAACAACAGUAUGGACGAGUGAGAAAUGUGGCUUAUGAUAGAUAACUCUACACCCCUGUUUAGAAAGAAUGGACUUGCCUCGUGUAUAGGAAAUGCAUGGACUUGGGUGUGAAUAUCUUCAGGGGAUGGGGGUGUGAUUUUGGUGUAAAUACCUUGGAUUCAGACUUUUCUACAUUAUUCAACCCAGUGUUCUCCAAUUUCCUUUUUCGCUGGGUUUAAACAGAAAAUCAGUCAGAAUAAAAAAUUUUUUUUUUUUUUUUUUUUUUUUUUAAUACAGUUUUUUUGGAAGGGAAGGAGGGCAAAAUUGAACCCAUCUCACGAUAAUAUCGAAAUGCUGACCAAUUUUUCUGGGCCGUUUUAAGCUUGUUUCGCAGGCAGUGCCAUCUUUUGGCGAAUCAAUGAGGAACCUGCAGAACUAAAAAUCCAGAUGGCAGCACCAGUACUAAAAGGUACACUUCCAAUGCAUUUUCCAUUAAAAUUAAAUUUUAUUGAUUUUCUCCCUGAAACAAUUUUCGUUUGGAGAACACUGUUAUUGUGUUGGCAGGUUUUUGCUAAGUGUAUGACGGUUUCUAUGGCAACCAGUGUAAAUGUUAAAAUAGGAAAUGGAGACUGGGAGAAUUAGGUCACAUGACUAUUACAAUACUUGGAGAUUUUUAGAAAAACUAGCGAAAUUUGUGUGAAAAUAAUUGUCAGUAUUUAGAUGUGUACAAACUAGACUUGGAGUUUUUGUCUAGAGUCUGAUGUGAGGUAGAGUCAAGUGUUGCAUGCCUUAUUUGGAAUAGAUGUCCAUAUUUGGAAUAUAUACACCCGUAUAAAAAUUGAUGUCUGGAGUUUUGUCAAAUCCCCGUCAAAAUUACAUGUAUCCUUCUAUGCAUAGAAGGGCUAACUUAUUUUGGGGAGAAUUUUUUUGUGUAAAAAAUUACAGGAUUCUUGUGUUCAUUUCCUCCUAUCACCCCUAUAAAAUUGCCUUGGACUCUUCCGAUACUGGAAGGGUCCAUUAGGCCGAAGAGGGGUGAUGGGAGUUGUAGUACAUGAGAUUGAAAAAAGCCAUUUUGUGGUCGGUUUCGGCUUUACCUGGCCUAUACAUUCAUAUACAAGAGCAUGUACACAUGUACAGCAAUUAACAUCCAGGUUCGUUGAAACAGACUUUAAAUUUGGCGCUCGUGGUUGAAUAUUGUAUCGCUAUGGUGAUUUUACGUUAGGAAUUUGUGGUAGAUUACAAAAGUUGUGAGGGUCAAAGGUCAGAGGUCAAAGUUCAAGGCCAGGGAGGUCAUUUCAUAGGAAAUAAACAUUAGGACCUUCAAAAACUUUAUGUGUCGUCAUGUAAAUGUCGUCAAAUCCUUGGACAGAAUAAACAAAAGUCUGCGCAAACCAGUCUGGUCCAGCCAGACAUGACACCAGACACGAUUUUCAAGGUCACAGAGGUCACCACACAUGACCUUUCGCCUGCACCCAUUGACCUUUGGCCCCUGACUGAAUCUAGUCUGAGCGUCUUUCGCAUAUAAUCAAUAUAUUACUUAUGAUAUGCUAAUCAGUGUAUUUAUUCUAUUAUAAAUGUAUUACGUAUUACACUGCAGGCUAGUGCACAAAAUGACCCUGGAGUAAUUUGCAUAAUUUAUUCAAAUUUAUUCAAGGUGAUUAACAUAAUUUAUUCAAAAAAAUGUUUCUGUUGAUAUACUGCCGAAAUCUUCAAAAAAGUCGUUAGAAAAUUUGAUUUUUUGGAAGUUGAGCUUCAAAUCAAACCACAGUGAAUAAUGAGCUUUCUUUUAUGAUAAUUAGAUGCAAAAUAUGUUCUACUUAUAAUAAUUUAUGGUAAGUUAUUCAAAAUAAUGAGACAACCGAAAAUUCGUUGUUUUAUCCUCAACGUGAAAAGUUAAGAAAGCAUUUAUGUUAUUUUCCUUUUUGAUCUCAGCACGCCUGGGAUGUUACUUUAGGACAGGUUUUUACGUGUAACUUGUCACAUUCAUGUUAUGAUGAAUUUCCGAUCAGUGGGCGUUCGCGUGCCGCUUCUCAACCUCUUGUCUUAUCCCGUCAUGUUUUCAAACGUGCAGCGUUCUCCGGUGCCAUCAAAUCAAAAUUUAGUUUCUGCAUGUACCACCAGGGUGCUGGGCGCGUUUCAAGGAAGUAACGUAUGUAACGUGUGUAACGUUAUGUAACGUACCUACCACACGUUACAUAUGAAAACAUGACCUCUAUCCAAACGCGACCUAGGAGGUCGUGAAUUACGACUUGUUUUCCUUCAUCUCUUGUGAGAUAUCACUUGCAUGUCACUUGUGCCAAAGUACAAGAAGUUGUGAUAAUACUCGUUUGGUUACCAUGGUAACUUAACCCUUUGAGGACGGAUUACCAGGUAGGUGAGAAAUGUUGGAAAUUUCACCCUGAACUGGAAAUUAAAUUAUAAGAUUUGUAAUGGGUUGAUGCAUACCCAGAAAUUGAAUUUAAAAAAGGCUGUUACUUUUCGAUUAAUAUCUUGCUACUCCAUAAUUAACAACAGAGUUCCACAGUCCUCGAAGGGUUAAUACAUGCAUUUUCAUUAUGUAAUGAAUAUUCAUGUGCUACUGAAUAUUCAUGAGCUAAUGAAUAUGCAUUAUGUCUAGUCUAGUCUUGAUAAAUCAAAUAUUGAUGACGACUUCGGAAUGUUUACAAUUCUAUCUAGAGAGGUCUGACAAAGUCAAAGGUCAUAGGAUAAUGAGCUGUUCAAAUAUGUUAAUUAGGUUUGAAUUUGAAUAUUCAAAUGAGGUCAUUUGAAUGAUUGAACCAGAUGAUACCAAGAAAUUAAUGUAUUGUUUAUUUUUUGUUGAUUUGUACUUGUUUGGUUGUUCAUUACACUCGACCUCUCUAAUCAGGACACCUCUCUAUUAAGGACAGCACUUGUCUGACCCGAGGGUGUCCUUAAUAGAGAGGUUCUACUGUAAUUUCAUUUCUUUUAUUAAGAAUCUCAUUUUGCGCAUUAAAAUGUCGUUUACUUCCUCUAGUCUGGAAACUAUAUAUUUCUGCAUUUAUUUACUUUGCUCUUACAAUUUACCAUCAGGCCUGUUGGAUGAUUGAAGAGUGUGGCCCGCUCUGGCAAAGGGGAGGUCCUCUACUUGCCCUGGCAAGGACACCAAAACAAGGAACCUCAUUUUGAACUCACAAAUUUCAUUUCCUUGAAAGCCGAGCUGGUUCAUCCAGAAAUACAAUCCGGGGUUCUCCCUGGGACCGAACCCGGGCCCUAUUGCGUGGUAGCCAGCGGUGUUAACCACUAGGCUAUGAGGCUCCUCGACUCAGAGCCUCAAACUUGUUUGUUUUGAACUCACAAAUUUCAUUUCCUUGAAAGCCACGCCGGUUCAUCCAGAAAUGCAAUCCUGGGUUCUCCCCGAGAUCAAACCAGGCCCUAUUGCGUGGUGGCCAGCGGUGUUAACCACCAGGCUAUGAGGCUCCUCAACUCAGAGCCUCAAACUUGUUGUGAAGGGCCAGGAAUUCUAGUUCCUUGAAAGUCAUGCCGGUUCAUCUAGAAAUACAAUCCUGGGUCCUCCCAGGGAUCGAACCCCGGCCCUAUUGCGUGGUAGCCAGCAGUGUUAAGCACAAGGCUAUGAUGCUCUUCAGGGCGGUAACGAGAACCACGGAAUCGUCUUUCAGUGGCCUAACUCUAAUGACAUCUGUUAAGAUUUUGAGUUGAAGUGUUAAUUUUGCAAGCCUGGUUUUCGAUUCAGUCGCUAUAGACUUACUUUUCAAGCUGUGUAUAUAUUUCGAUGCUGAUUUAUUUAUUUCUGCCAAAAGGCGUCUCUGAAUUUGGCUGUGCUCCCUUCUCAUUUGAAGUGGGGGUGUGCACACUAGAUGUAAGAGCCUGGUGCUGUUCUUUAUACUGCCUGUUACCUUGGUAUCUUCUGGUUCAGUGGAAUUCAAAGGAAAAGAUAAAGGUAAUACUCAGAUUGAUAUUUUCUCUAAUGCUGGCAUGGUGUGAAUUAUUUGAAGUGACAAAAUUGUGUCCUGAUCAAUUUCCCUAACUUGCUACUUGUGGGCUCGGUUGUUCAAAACUAGUUUUGUCACUGGUGUUAAGUCAGAGGGCUUAAAGGGUAACUCGUGUCAAAUUUAACCAUAUAAUGUUUCAGCUGUUUUUGACAAAUGACUACGUCACUUUCUCAUAAAUCGGUAAGGUUUUUGAAUCGAAAUGCACAUUUUCUAGAAAUUGAUGGUUUUAAUCCCGCCCGGACGGCUCGCUUUGAUGCCGUUUUCGUUGAUGACGUCACAACAUGAACAUUUUCGCGGUCGCGGUGGUUUACAUUCAGCGAUUUUAUAAUAAAUCUAAUCAAAAAUGGAAAAUUUGAGCUUUGCAUUUGUGAUCAACAAUUAAAAACGGACGUAUUUCCGCAAAGUUGUAAAUCACAUCAUAGUAUGACUUUAACUAAAGAAGAUAACCCAAUGUUAAGGGCUUAACUAUAGAAGAUAACGCUAUGUUAAGGGCUUAACUAUAGAAGAUAACGCUAUGUUAAGGGCUUAACUAUAGAAGAUAACGCUAUGUUAAGGGCUUAACUAUAGAAGAUAACGCUAUGUUAAGGGCUUAACUAUAGAAGAUAACGCCAUGUUAAGGGCUUAACUAUAGAAGAUAACGCUAUGUUAAGGGCUUAACUAUAGAAGAUAACGCUAUGUUAAGGGCUUAAUUAUAGAAGAUAACGCUAUGUUAAGGGCCUAACUAUAGAAGGUAACGCUAUGUUAAGGGCCUAACUAUAGAAGAUAACGCUAUGUUAAGGGCUUAACUAUAGAAGAUAACGCUAUGUUAAGGGCUUAACUAUAGAAGAUAACGCUAUGUUAAGGGCUUAACUAUAGAAGAUAACGCUAUGUUAAGGGCUUAACUAUAGAAGAUUACGCUAUGUUAAGGGCUUAACUAUAGAAGAUAACGCUAUGUUAAGGGCUUAACUAUAGAAGAAAAUGCUAUGUUAAGGGCUUAACUAUAGAAGAUAACGCUAUAUUAAGUUAACGUCAGCAUUGGUGACAAAAUUGUUUUGAGCAAUAGGCCCAGAAUGCAUUAAACCCCACCAGUGCCUGAUCGCGAGAUCUUGCGUCCCUGGUCAUUCUUUGAUAUUCGACACCGAAUCAUGCUUUAGGAAUUUUGGCAAAUAAAAUCGUUUCAAAGGGAAAUUUUAUGCCUAGCAAUGGUUUUCUUAGUUGCUAUGGAGAUGAAUUGUUGUUUGAUGCGAUGUAUAGAGUUGUUUUCUCGGCUUCAGGAAAGUUGGUCCAACACAUAGUUGCUUGAUUUUCUCAAGAAGAAUCAGUCACUGUUGAUAAGUGAAAAUAGUCACUUUUCAUUGAUGAGGUAUAGCAACUUUUGAUGAGACAAAAAAAUUAAAUGAACUGAAAGUUGGUCACUUUGAUGGGUUUUGCUGAUGAGAAAAAAGACAUUUUGAUGACCAAAAUAGUCACUUUUGAUGACCAAAAUAGUCACUUUUGAUGACCAAAAUAGUCACUUUUAUGGCAUAAAAAAUGACUCCGGAGAUUUUGAAAAUAUUUCCCGCCAAAUUUGUUCUGCUGUGUUCCAACUUUCCUUUGAGACCCUUUCAAGUUAUUUCCAGCUGUCUGUCACUUUGAACACGCGGGGCAAGUGUUUAAGACCCUGGAAGUGAGGUUGGCCUAUUCAGGACUUCAUAGAUUACCUCGUUCCCUGCUGACUUAGCACACUGAACCAAUUUGACACAAUUACUGACGUUUUGAAAAAGACCAUAAUUCAGUGACAAGAAGCCCUCUGUUUGGAUGCACUCAAUAUUAAAGGCCUCUGCCAUUUUCUAAAGAUUUUCGGACCACGGUUCUGUCAACCUCGUCACCAGUGGUCCAAUAUCUACUGUGACCACUAUCCCAACGAGAAUAUGAAUUGACCUCUGGGGAACGAGGUUCAGUCAGCCUAACACCAUUACAAAACCUAGUCACCAGUGGUCCAAUAUCUGCUGUGACCACUAUCCCAACGAGAAUAUAAAUUAACCUCUGGGGAACGAGGUUCAGUCAGCCUAACACCAUUACAAAACCUAAUCACCAGUGUUCUUAGUGAUGUAGCUCUGUUGUGCUUCUGUAUGUACUAUGGCCAUGUACUGUAUGUCAAAAACCUCAUCUUCGUUUACAAUAAAAAUAGUCUUGACUGGAGCGACA